GGUGGCAGUAGCAGUGAUAGCAGCAAAAGCAGUCAUGGAAGCCACAGCAAGCAUAGUAGCCACAGCAAACAUAGUAGCCACAAGAAGCAUAGUAGCCACAGCAGUAGCCACAGCAGUCAUGGCAGUAGCUCAUCAUCUGGCUCACAUGAGCGACAACGUGUUUCAAAGAUCAAGUACACAGGACAAACAAGACCAAGACCAACCAUAAGAGUAACUGCGCAGACCACAACACCAGCUCCUUCCCCUAAGUGCAUCACAUACCGGUUCUCUAAGAAUAACAUACCCCAGCUUAGACCUAUAGCUCGGAAUUGUGCUUCUAGGCAAAACUUUAUAUGUAUGAAACCUUGCCUGGCCCGACCACCAGCCAUUCCAACAAGUACACUUCCUCCCAGGCUUAACUUUGGUUAGUCAUGUAAUGAUGCAUGGCGACACUGAGAUGUUUGUUUUUCGGAUGGGCUGAUGAUGGUUCAAUAUUCGACUAGACUUGGCUUCCUUAUAUUAAUUCUAAAUGAGUAAUACAAUUUUAUAUAUAUAGAGACUAAUAAAUACUUGAUAAUAUGAGGUAUACAAAAAGUAAUUUAUUGAAUCGUUAUCUCUGUCUGAAAAACAAAUCCUUACAAAGACAAUAAAUUAUGAAUGGAUGACAGACCACCGCAGCUUAACAUGGACUCUGAAUGAGGCACCAAGAUAUUAUGAAGAGGUUAAAGAGAGAUUCAAAGUUGUUAUCAUCAUCAAAUCUUUACUUUUUUUAUUCUGUACAUGUAUAACAAUAUAAGGGAGUAGUUACAUAAUAUAAUUAUUCAAAUUCUAAUGGUUUAAUUAAAAAGUUGUUAUUUUAAUAAUUUAUUUAUUUUUGUUACUUUUGUUUGCAUUUUAACUGUCGCAUUAUUUUAAUUUCAAAACCGUGGACAAAUUAAUCACAUUUGAGAAUAUAAUGUAGUUUGAGACUGUUUCAGGAUAGAUGAAGUUCUUGAAUCCAACUCUUGUAUUGCAGCAAUGUUCUUUGAUAAUAACAACCAUAUGUAUAUAUGUAACUAGAAACUAAAUGUCCAAAUAAACCGAGUCAUCUCUUAACCUCUGAUUAAUGCUUUAGUUUAGUGUAGAGAAUUAUAUUUCAGUUAACUUGUAAUUAUAUCCAGAAUAAAUGUUUAUGUUAUUUUAUAGAUCUGCAACGAAAUAAAA